AGUACGCCUCAGCAGGAGGACGGUGCCAGCAAAGAACAGUGAACCCGGAGGUCACGAACAGAAGGCCGGCACGGACAGCAGUGACUGGUCUACCCAGGGCUCGGCACACCCCGCCUGCAUACACAGGUCUUCAGUUUGGGGCAGCUCACUAUGGGAAACACACAAUCUCGAGGGAAGCAUUGGACCUGGGUGCCCUUUGCCACAAAGCAGCCUGGCCAGAAAGGGCUGUCCUGAUGCCUGAGUGAGGCCAACACGACUGUGGGUUGGAUUGCAGAGAGCUCUGUCCCCAGGGGUGACUUGGAGAGGUUCCGUCCGGUCAUUCACUUUACUGCCUGGCACGUACUCAUCUGGGGAUUGUACACCAUCGAAUGGUGACCUCAAGAGCAGGCUGGUUCCCAGCAGCAGCGUGCAGGCUCACAUCCAGCCGGCCCCCCAUGUCAGUGGUCUAGGAUGGCCAGUGAAGCCACCAACAUCCCAAGCCCUGUGGUACGCCAGAUCGACAAACAGUUUCUGAUUUGCAGUAUAUGCCUGGAACGGUACAAGAACCCCAAGGUCCUCCCCUGCCUGCACACUUUCUGCGAGAGGUGCCUGCAGAACUACAUUCCUGCCCACAGCUUAACCCUGUCCUGCCCAGUGUGCCGCCAGACCUCCAUCCUGCCUGAGAAAGGGGUGGCCGCACUCCAGAACAACUUCUUCAUCACAAACCUCAUGGACGUGCUGCAGCGAACACCAGGCAGCAACGUGGAAGAGUCCUCCAUCCUGGAGACAGUGACUGCUGUCGCCGCAGGAAAGCCUCUCUCCUGCCCGAACCACGAUGGGAAUGUGAUGGAAUUUUACUGCCAGUCCUGUGAGACCGCCAUGUGUCGCGAGUGCACAGAGGGGGAGCACGCGGAGCACCCCACAGUCCCGCUCAAGGAUGUGGUAGAGCAGCACAAGGCCUCACUCCAGGUCCAGCUGGACGCUGUCAACAAAAGGCUCCCGGAAAUAGAUUCUGCUCUGCAGUUCAUCUCAGAAAUCAUCCAUCAGUUAACGAACCAAAAGGCCAGCAUCGUGGAUGACAUCCACUCCACCUUCGACGAGCUGCAGAAGACUUUAAACGUGCGCAAGAGCGUGCUGCUGAUGGAACUGGAGGUCAACUAUGGUCUCAAACACAAAGUGCUGCAGUCGCAGCUGGAUACCCUGCUGCAGGGCCAGGAGAACAUCAAGAGCUGCAGCAACUUCACGGCGCAGGCGCUGCACCAUGGCACGGAGACCGAGGUGCUGCUGGUCAAGAAGCAGAUGAGCGAGAAGCUCAACGAGCUGGCCGGCCAGGACUUCCCACUGCACCCGCGCGAGAACGACCAGCUGGACUUCAUCGUGGAGACCGAGGGGCUGAAGAAGUCCAUCCACAACCUCGGCACCAUCCUGACCACCAAUGCCGUGGCCUCCGAGACUGUGGCCACGGGCGAGGGGCUCCGGCAGACCGUGGUGGGGCAGCCCAUGUCAGUGACCAUCACCACCAAGGACAAGGACGGUGAGCUGUGCAAGACAGGCAACGCCUACCUCACGGCCGAGCUGAGCACCCCCGACGGCAGCGUGGCGGACGGCGAGAUCCUGGACAACAAGAACGGCACCUACGAGUUCCUGUACACCGUGCAGAAGGAGGGCGACUUCACGCUGUCGCUGCGCCUGCACGACCAGCACAUCCGCGGCAGCCCCUUCAAGCUCAAGGUCGUGCGCUCCGCCGACGUGUCGCCCACCGCCGAGGGCGUCAAGCGGCGCGUCAAGUCCCCGGGCAGCGGCCACGUGAAGCAGAAGGCGGUGAAGCGGCCCGCAAGCAUGUACAGCACGGGCAAGCGGAAGGAGAACCCCAUCGAGGACGACCUCAUCUUCCGCGUAGGUACCAAAGGAAGAAAUAAAGGAGAGUUUACGAAUCUUCAGGGGGUGGCUGCAUCUACAAGUGGAAAGAUACUGAUUGCAGACAGUAACAACCAGUGUGUGCAGAUAUUUUCCAAUGACGGCCAGUUCAAAAGUCGUUUCGGCAUCCGAGGGCGCUCGCCUGGGCAGCUCCAGCGGCCCACAGGAGUCGCUGUGCACCCGAGUGGGGACAUAAUCAUUGCAGACUAUGACAAUAAAUGGGUCAGCAUUUUCUCUUCAGAUGGGAAGUUUAAGACAAAAAUUGGAUCAGGAAAGCUGAUGGGACCCAAAGGCGUCUCUGUGGACCGCAAUGGGCACAUAAUUGUGGUGGACAACAAGGCAUGCUGUGUGUUCAUCUUCCAACCCAAUGGGAAAAUCGUCACCAAGUUCGGUAGCCGAGGAAACGGGGACAGGCAGUUUGCAGGUCCUCAUUUUGCAGCUGUAAAUAGCAACAAUGAGAUUAUUGUUACAGAUUUCCAUAAUCAUUCUGUCAAGGUGUUUAAUCAGGAAGGAGAGUUUAUGUUGAAAUUCGGCUCCAAUGGGGAAGGCAAUGGGCAGUUUAAUGCUCCAACAGGUGUCGCAGUGGAUUCCAAUGGGAACAUCAUCGUGGCAGACUGGGGCAACAGCAGGAUCCAGGUUUUUGAUGGGAGUGGAUCAUUUUUAUCCUACAUUAACACAUCUGCUGACCCCCUCUACGGCCCCCAAGGCCUGGCUCUAACCUCAGAUGGUCAUGUUGUAGUUGCAGACUCUGGAAACCAUUGUUUCAAAGUCUACCGAUACUUACAGUAACAGCCUCCAGCUGGACACCCCUUCUGAAGGUCUUGCACUAUACUGGAAUGGAUUUCUUGACAUGGGACCAGAUUAUGAACCAGACUUUUCAUGCUAGAAGGAAUCUUUGGUGAACUUUCCAAGGUUAUUUCUGAAUGUAACAAUUUAUUUAAAAACUCCUUAUCCAGUUUCUAGAAUUCACCUUUAGGAUUUAAACAAACAAACAGCUCUUCUGAAUCUUUGAAAGCUGCAAAGUUUUACACCUGUGAACUAUGGCUUAGAGGACAGGGAUUUAUGUAGUUCAACUAAUUUUGCAAAACAAACAGUAAAAUAAAUCCUAGCAUAUGUAAAGAUACUUGUUAAUCCUGUGAAUGGGCACCUUUGUGCAGAGCUUCCAAAAACAGAAUCUGUUGUCCUUACAUACUUUUUUUUACCUAGGUCACAGGACCGAGGGAAGCUUCUAACCUCACUUUAGCAAUAGGUGUUACUCUUGUGACAUUUCUGGGUUAUCAGUGACUGCAUAUGAAUUACUUUAAGGCUGUCUUGCAAAAUCCUUUCAGCUCCGAGCAGUGGGCCCCUCUCGAGUUGAGCACUUAAGAAUCAAUGCAAAUUUCCUAACCUUUCAGGGUUAGAUCAAGAUCAUCUCUGUUUAUUCUUUUCACCUUUCCUGCUCACCUUGUUAUCAAGAAACGAAGUCCAUUUUCAGGGAAACCUGAAAUUCCUGACGCUUUGAAAAUUUGUUACAAAAAGAAAUGCUACCUUGUGUUGGAUGAAAAGCUCCGGAUUAACAUCCUGGGAUGUUACUGGGAAAAGUCCAUUCGAUGUGCCAUGUGUUCACGUGUCUUUCCUCUUCCACUUCAUGAAAGCGAAAGCUUUACCUCCUGCAGAAUGUCAGCACAUGUAGUAGGACACCAGGAUCCUAGGACAGAGAGCCAUAAGGAGCCCUUUGGAGGACUGAUGGUGGCAACCAAAGGCAUGUGAUUGAUUCAUGAUUUCCCCUUAGAGAGCAAGUGUUACCAAAGUUCUGUUAUCCCGAGAGCAUUACAGGUAAGGGCAUGUCAUGGUUAUUUAUCAUUGCUAAAUGACUAGUAGAGGUAUAAGGAACUAUGUACACAUGGUUAGGGUAAGAUAGAAUGUAUAAUAUAUGCCUAUAUAUAUAUAUAGCUGAAUCUUUGGAGUAUUGAAAUAGGCAGCACUGUGGAAGACAGAAGCAUUAUCUAGCCAUUCUUGAGCCCAUUCCUUUACCAAUGGAGCUUGAACCCACCCUCGAGGAGUGAACCCACCCUCGAGGAGCAAACCCUAAGGCAGGUUUAAUUUUUUUGCCCAUUUUCCAGAAAGAAUGAUGGUGGCUGACGUUUAGUCCGAAAAUGGUUUUCUGUGCUUU